AUGGGGCCUGAGAGGAAACCUAUCGACCUCCUCCUCAUCCACUUGGCUUUUGCAAAUACAAUCAUUAUUUGUACCCAGGGAAGAAGAGAUGUGAGCACAUCUCUGGGAAACAUCCUAGGUACUACUGGUUGCAAAGUGGUGAUUUACAUGGGGAGGGUGGCCCGCGGCCUCUCCAUCUGCACCACCUGUCUCCUCAGCGUGGUCCAGGCCAUCACCAUCAGCCCCCAGACCUCGCCCUGCAGAAAGCUCCAGCCCAGGUCUGCAAGGCAAGUGCUUCUCUGUCUCCUGCUCUUUUGGGUCUUCAAUGUCUUGGUCAGCUCUAACCUGCUCCUCUACAUCACCACAGUCCAGAGCUCCAACAGCUCCGAACUGAAACCAUAUAUUCAAUACUGUGACUUGCUCCCCUCUGGGCAAACAGUGAGGUGGCUUUUCCUCAUGCUGAUGGCUGUGCGGGACGUCGUGUUUCAGGGGCUGAUGGGCUGGAGCAGCAGCUACAUGGCCUUUCGCUUGUGUCAACACCAUAAGCGCAUCCUCCACCUGCACACGUCCAGGCUGCCAGGAAAUGCCAGCCCGGAGAUGAGAGCUACUCAGAGUAUCCUCAUGCUCAUGGCCUGCUUCCUUUUCUUCUCUUGGGCAGAUUUCCUUUUCUCCUUCUACAUUGGCACAUUCUUGACAAAUAGCUACAUAAUUUACCGUAUUAAAAUAUUUCUCACCUCUGGUUAUGCGAGUCUCAGCCCCUUAGUGCUGCUGAGCAGGGAUGUCUGCGUGACUAAGUGCUGGGGUGCUCAUUCCAGGAACCAAGACGAUGGAAGUUUGAGGGGUUCCUUGCCUUCAUGUAUGAAACCAUCACACUAG